CUCAUGGCCUCAACAACAACGGGUAAAAGAAAGGGAUCGGCCUCUGAACAAGGCGGCGGCGAUGGCGGUUCUCAGUCUGGCAAAGCAACGCGGAGCUCAAUCCCAGACCUUCCUGAGGACAUAUUGUUUCGUAUACACUCCUUGAUGCCAAUGCGUGAGGCUGCGCGUGUUGCUUGCGUAUCUCGCGCCUUUUUCCAUUCUUGGAGAUGCCAUUCCAGUCUCAUCUUCAAUAAGGACACAAUUGGCUUGAAGAGAAGUGCGUGUGGAGAGAAUUUUGACCACAAGAUUGACCGCAUUCUCAGGAAUCACUCUGGCUGCUUGAAAACAUUCAACAUUGACUACUAUGGCACGAGCGGGUUCACUGGCACUAGUUAUUUUGACCGUUGGCUUCAGAUUGCUCUUAAACCAGGGAUCGAAGAACUCACCCUUGUGCUGUCUGAAACAAAGGGAAAAUACAACUUCCCAUGCUCGCUUUUGUCUGACGGGGUUCGGAACUCACUUCGGUACCUUAGACUCCGAUUUUGUGCCCUCCAUCCCCCAGUUGAACUUGGCCCCUUGAGAAGCCUGAAAAGCCUGUAUCUGUGGCGUGUGAAUAUUACAUGGAAUGAGUUAGAGUGCCUUAUUUCGAACUCUCUUACUUUGGAGCUACUGGAUCUUAUUAGUUGCCCUGAGAUUGAAUGCCUGAAGCUACCUUGUGCUCUGCAGCGGCUCAGCGCGCUUAGUGUUUUAGCAUGCGAGAGACUGAAAGUGAUAGAGAGCAAAGCUCCAAAUCUCUCCAGUUUAUACCUUUGCGGAAACUGGUUAGACUUCUCACUUGUGGAAACGUUGCCGAUAAAGGAACUAGAAUUGCAACAAACAAACCUUAUCCGUGAUGCUCGUGCCAAGCUGCCAUCCCUUAUGCCAAAUAUUGAAACUCUCGCCAUACAAUCAUCGAGAGAGGUAUAUAUUCUCCACAAUGUAGGGUGUUGUAGGCCAGCGGUAUAUAUGGUUAAAUUAGUCUCAUACCUGGUGUAUCUGAUACAUGACAUCGUUCUUGUGCAGGUGGUUGAUGCACCAAUGCUGCCUACCAAAUUCCUCCACCUUAAGCACCUGACCAUCACUGUGAGAUCAGGAGCAAUUGUUUCCCGAGCAUAUGACUACUUUUCUCUGGUUUCUUUCCUCGACGCUUCUCCUUCCUUGGAGACUUUGAUAUUAGAUGUGACUCAGCGGCGUAUGGUGCAUGAAUCAAUUUUUGCGGAUUCACAACUGAGGCACAUGCCUGAACACCGCCAUGGCCACCUCAAGAACGUCAAGAUUAGCGGUUUCAACUCUGCGAAGUGCGUGGUUGAACUAACAUGUUAUAUUCUCAAGAACACGGUGUCACUUGAGUGUCUUACAUUGGACACCAUAUAUGGGAGUAGGUGUGAUGAUCAAGGCGAGGACAACUGGUGUACUCCCAUGACGAAUGGCAUUCUCAUGGAAAUUCCUUGGGCACUCUUGGCUAUCAAAACACACAUUGAGAAUAAAGUUCCACCUACAGUUCACUUAACUGUUCUGGAGCCUUGCAGCAAAUGCCAUGCUAAUGGACUAGAGCGGGUAUUAUCGCAGUCGUGACAUGGUGUCAUUUACAUUUAGUUCUAAAUGAGCCAUGUUUUGUAUCUUAUACCAUUUAUGUGUGACCCUACUGUACAACAAAAUUUUAAUUAAAUCUAGGAUGGACAUUUUUUAUAUUUUUCCUGGUGAGGCAUGUUGAUAUGGUUGCAAGGGUUUGUUGUGCUGUGCCCCGGCUGAACCUAUUUUGUACCUUGUUGCACUCCUUGCUUUCCUUUGAACCUUGAACCUUUGAUGUUGUCGCAUGUAGGUGCGGUUGCUUUAUAAUAUAAAGCGGUGGAAAACCCUUUUUCGUUGAUAUGGUUGCAAGGAUUAGCUGGCCAAUGUUGAGAUACUCCGUUGCAAGAUGUGCUGUGGUUUUUUUCUCAAACUAUAUUGUUACCGGCAGCCA